GCACAAAGAACAACAGCAGCAUGGAGGACAGCAGCAUGGACAUGGAGAGCAUGGGCUCCCUGCGGCCGCAGACCUUCCUCUUCGGUUGUGAACUAAAGGCAGACAAAGAAUAUCAUUUCAAGGUGAAUGAUGAAGAAAAUGAACAUCAGCUCUCAUUAAGAACAGUCAGUUUAGGAGCUGGCGCUAAAGAUGAGUUGCAUGUUGUUGAAGCGGAAGCAUUGGACUAUGAAGGCAACCAGAUCACAGUCACACUGGCAUCCUUGAAAAUGUCAGUGCAGCCUACGGUUUCUUUAGGUGGCUUCGAAAUUACGCCGCCAGUCAUUCUGCGGUUGAAAAGUGGCUCCGGGCCUGUCUAUGUCAGUGGCCAACAUCUUGUGGCAUUAGAAGAAGAGCCAGAAUCCGAAGACGAGGAAGAAGAGAAGAUUGUGAACACUUCAGCAAAGAGGCCGGCAAAUGUGACACUGAGUAAAGUUGCACAAAAAAAAGCAAAACUGUCAGAGGAAGAUGAUGAUGACGAUGAAGAUGAUGAUGAAGAUGAUGACGAGUAUGAGGAUGAAGAGGAAGUGAAGAUUCCACCAAAAAAACCGGCCCGUGAUUCUUCUGUGAAAAACACACCAAAAUCAAACCAGAAUGGAAAAGAUUCUAAGCCGGCGACACCAGCUAAAUCAAAAACUCCAGAAUCUCAUGAGAAGAAGAAACCCCAAACUCCAAAAUCACCAAAACCCAUUACUCUAGAAGAGAUGAAAGCAAAAAUGCAGGGACAAGUACAAAAGGGAACUAUUCUUCCUAAGGUGGAAGCCAAGUUUGUGAAUUACAUUAAGAAUUGUUUCAGGACAGAGGAUCAGAAGAUUAUUCAAGCACUCUGGCAGUGGAGACAGACUCUGUAAGCAAGAAGCUUAAAUGGUUCCUUUUUUUCCCCAAGUUUCAAUCCUGUAUGUUUAACCAUUAAUAUCUGGCUGUUCUUUUUAUAAAUGCUAAAGCUUUCCCUGCAGAGUCUGAUUAAUGUCGUCCAGAAUGUGUUGUCCA